AUGGACGUGGAGAAAUGUAAUGGGACUCUGAACGGUCAACCAUUGGAUAAGUCUCAAAUAGAAGAUGCCAUGAAAGAUCUCUCUGUUGAGGCCAACAUGGCUUUUAAAGCACAAUUCAGUCUUGCAGAUAGUCCCUCACCAGCUAGCAUGAUGGUUGCCAGCACUAUAAUAACCGAUGACCGAAGCACUGAGGAACUCCAAAAACGUUUUGGAGAACUGCUAGAUGAAAAUGUCGUGCUAAAAGAGACAUUGAAACAAAACAAUGACUCUAUGAAGGAACAGUUCAUGCUGAUCGCGUCCUGCCAAGAGGAUAUGCUAAAGACACACAGGUUGCAUAAAGAAAAGUUUGAUGAAACUAGGGAAUUGGUGGAGAGGCUUCGUCAAGAAAACAAGCAGCUCAAGUUAGACUUAUCGCGUUUAGUGGACGGAGAUGCGGUGGUUAACAACGAGACGGGCGAAAGUAAGUCCGGUGCAUCAUCGGUGGUCGAAUUCGUGACCUCCCCAGACGAAGACACCAUAGACAAGCUGACCGCCCAGUUGGAACUUGUUGAAAAACAAAGGAGACAGUUGAUUGUAGAUAAUGAAAAGUUGUCGUGGCAGAAGGAGUCACUGGAAAAUAUAAUAGACUCCACGUCCAAGGAGCGGGACGAUGCGAAGGAGAAGUUGAAAAAUAUCGAGCUAUUACUUUCCAGUAAAGAGAACGAUCACAGUCAGGAGUUGAAAAAGUUACACUUCAUAAUAAAUGAUUUGCAAACUAAAUUGAACUCUUCGAGCUCAAACGUUUCUCCAGAAGAAAUGGCAAAGCGUGAUGCCUACAUACAACAACUCGAAGGCAAAAUAACUUACUUACAGAAUGAGCUCAAAAAGGCUCAAAUUAAGAUAUUGGAUUUGGAAAAUAUAAAGCUAGAAUUCACACAGUACAAGUCGGGUGCAGCGGAAUCAAACAAAAUGUAUAAAGAACAAAUACAAGAUUUGAAUAAUAGGAUAAAGGAAAUUCAGAAAACGGUGUUCCAGCCAGUCCGUCUCUCCCUCAGCCCGGAGCAGGGCGCGCGCGCGGAGUACGCGGCGCACGUCGCCAACGUCAAGCUGUACGACAGGACGCUGCGGCACCUCGCAGAGUACCUCAACGCUUUGACUGAUGGGUUGGUAGACAGCCAGGCGCGCGCGGUGGAGGCGGCGGGCGCGGCGCGGCGCGGCGCGGGCGGCGAGGCGCUGGCCGCGCUGCAGCGCCACCUGCGCGCGCACCACGACGCCGUGCUCACCAACGUAGCCCAAGUCCGAGGCACAUUGUCAAUAUUUGAAGGGAUUUUCAAAGAUUAUAAUGAACUGCUCAAAAAGUCUGUUACAAAAACUGAAACUAAGCCGCAAUCGCAAAGCGUGGAGCAGCUGACGGCGGCGCUGCUGGCGCGCGGGCAGGAGCUGCACGCGCUGGAGGCGCAGCUCGCGGCGCUCACGCUGCACAAGGAGGAGGCCGACUUGCUGCGGGCUCAGGUCGAUUUGUACAAGAGUGACUUUGAAGCGGAACGCGAAUCUCGUGAGAAAAUGGCGAGCGAGAAGGAAAACCUCAUGACUGACCUUAGAAGCGCUCAGAAGAAGAUACAAGAACUCACCACACAGCUGGAAGAGAUCCGCAUCCUCUCGCCGGGAGUGCAUAAGAGCGUCACAGCCAAGCGCCGGCCCGCCGCCGCCGCGCGAACGCCGCCCGCCCCCGCCCCGGCCGCCCCCGCCGCCGCCGCCAACACGGUUCGUAAGAAGAAGAGAGUGGAGGAAGAGAAAGAGUCGAGUCCGCCGCCGCUGCGCUUCGACUGUCCCGUCUGCGACCGUCCGUUUAAGUCGUUGAUAUUGUUACAGCAACAUGUUGACUCGUGUUUGCUA